GUUUGGCGAAAUUGAUCAGCACCAACUCCAAAAGGUCUCAUAUCUGCCUUGGCAAAUACCCUUCAGGGACCCAGCGGGGAUGAAAUCCAGUUGAAUGGAUCCCAACCUAAAUAUCAUUAAAUUUCCUUGUCUUCACUAGACGCGUAAUGGAAUCUUGUGCCUAGAUACAGCCGCUGCGGCUUCGCAACUUCUCCGCAUUUUCUUUCGUUUUCUCUCUCUAUCCCCAGAAACCGCCCUAAAAUCUCCUUCAUGCAACUGUUGUAACUGGAUAGAUCAGAAAGCUUGCUUCUGGGUUCUUGACUUCAUUUGCUGAGUUUAGCUUGAUUUGGGCGUUUUUGGGUUCUUGUGGACGAUUGAUGUGAGAGGAUAUCAGCUUGUCUGUGCCUUUUCAGCUGAAAUUCAGCUCGGCUGCUAGGGUUUGCUUAGCAUUUGAGAGAGGGAAAGAGAGAGAAAAAGGGAAAAAAAAACCCAUCUUUUUAUUCCAACUACACAGAUUCAGGGAAAUUUGUUUGGGUUUUCAAAUUCUACUCAAUUACAUUUGAUCUGAGAUGAUGGGAGGGCAGUGUAGCAAGCCUAGUAAAACCAAAGGUGGUGAUACUUCACAAUCGAGUUCCCAAAUCAACAAGGAUGAGUACACAGUUGAUCUGAAUUCUUAUGAGGAAGCUGUUAAACAUGAUCCAAAGUUACAAUCAUUUGAUACUCGUAUCCAUGAACGAACCAAUCGGGUUAUAACCUAUCUUGCAUCUGGUGUUGAGAUGAGAUCCUUGUCAUUUGAUUCACUCAAAGAGGUCAUCAAUGCUCUUCUUGAAAUGAAUCAAGAAGUGGUCAAGAUAGCACUAGAAAACAGAACAGAUAUAUGGAAUUGUGAAGACCUAUUUGCUUUGGUGGAGGAGUACUUUGAUAACACUGGUAAGAUAUUGGACUUCUGUAACGCCCUUGAGAAUUGCCUGAAGCGUGCUCGAAACAGCCAAUUGAUCAUUCAAAUUGCUGUUAGGCUGUUUGAGGAAGAAGUGAAUAUACAAGAUGGUGUUGAGGGGAUGAGGUAUACACGGACAUUACAAGGACUGCAGAGAUUUAAGGCUGCCGAGGAUCCAUUUACAGAGGAGUUCUUUGCAUUGUUUCAAGCAGUGUAUAAGCAGCAAGUAUCUAUGUUGGAAGAAUUGCAAGUUCGGAAACGGAAGCUUGAUAAGAGAAUGCAUAAAAUUAAAGGAUGGAGGAGGUUGUCAAAUGUUUUAUUCGUUGCUGCUUUUGUCUCUGUUAUGAUUUUCUCUGUGGUGGCAGCUGCUAUUGCUGCACCUCCUGUUGUAACUGCUUUGGCAGGUGCAUUAGCAAUUCCGAUUGGCUCCGUAGGAAAAUGGUGCGACAUGCUAUGGAGGCAGUACCAGAAUACCUUGAAGGGACAGAAAGGGGUAUUAAACUCAAUGCAGGUUGGCACUCUUGUUACAAUAAAGGACAUGGAAAGUAUACGAGCACUUAUCAACAAACUGGAAAUUGAUAUUGAGUCAAUGUUGCAAAACGCGGAGUUUGCCCUUGCAGAAGAAGAUGCAGUGAAGUUUGUGAUGGAAGAGAUCAAGAAGAAACUGGAAGUGUUCAUGGAAACGAUUGAGGAUUUAGGUGCCCAUGCUGAUAAAUGUAGCCGUGAUAUCAGGCAGGCAAGGACAGUGAUUCUGCAGAGGAUAAUCAACCAAAACAACAAUUCAAGUACCCCCUCAAUAUUGUCUACACUAGAUGGAUAAUGCUGACGCUGUUGGUUGAUUGAAUCGGAUUGAGGAAAGAUAGAGAGAGAUUUAUAGGCUGGAUUUACUCCUGUUUUAUCUUGUGUGUAGUUUAUGUAUUGGUUCAUAGCAGUAUUCAACAAGCCUUGAGCAUUGUUGCUUUUAUGCAAGAAAUAGGAAGUGUAACAAUUGCAGUGCUGGUUUUUUUCCAGAAAUUAGCAAAUUGUUGGCACAUGAAGAAAAUCACAGGAUUUUCUUGUGAGAAGUAUGACUAUAUAUUGUAAUGACUAAUUCUUGACUUCUACAUAUUUCUUCUUUCUUAAAGUUAAUCCUUUCAUGUUAAA